GUUUAGAAAAUCUCGUGCCAAAAAGCUAAUUACUCAAUUCCCAAUUUCAUGGCAAUGCCAUUGAGGAUGAGCGCAAGUGGUACUUCACAAGGAAGCCACAACGUAUUCGUUUAUGGAAGUCUUUUAGCUGAUGAAGUCGUUCAAGUCUUACUCAAUCGCGUCCCUUCUUCCUCUCCUGCUACUCUCCCUGAUUACAAUCGGUUUAGCAUCAAAGGUCGAGUUUAUCCAGCAAUUCUGCCUGUUGAGAACAAGAAAGUGCUCGGAAGGGUUUUGACGGGCGUCACGAAUCUUGAGUUAGAUAUUUUGGAUAUAUUCGAGGAUGUUGAGUAUGUUAGAGAUUCAGUAGAAGUCACUAUUGUGGACAACUUGGAGAAGCUGCAAGCAUAUGCAUAUGUGUGGGAUAAUAAAAAUGAUCCAGACUUGUAUGAAGAUUGGGAUUUUGAGAAAUGGAAAGUUGCUCAUAUGAAGGAUUUUAUCGAGAUGACUAAGGAAUUCGUGGAAGAAGUUGAGCAUCCUGAAUCAAAAUCAAGAGUGGAGACAUACAAUUCCUUUUACCAAUCCGGUGAGCCCUGAUCGAUCGAUCUGUCUCUGGUUCAAGUGUGUGUUCUGCUCCACAACUUUGUCAUUUCUUCUCCAUAUCAUUACUCACUUUGGUAAUUUUUUUUCGCAAAUCUCUUGUGCUGCCAUCCUAUAUCAUAAGAAUGCCAUCACAGAGUGGUAGAGCUGGCUGCUGAUAAAAGUAUUUUGAAUUAUAUCAAUGUCAAUACUUGUGCCUUAUUUGUGUAUACCUUGUGCAUAGUUGUAUAAAUAAUUUCGGAAUACAUUUGAUAUGAGUAUAAAUAAGUUGGUUGAGAUG